AUGCAUUUAUUUUCAAAUCGGGCAUAUCAGACUUUUCCAAACAGCACAGCUAGCCUUCAAACGGUGAUAAUGAGUGCAUUAUGCUCCCGCAUAAACGCUCUUUCUAAUGCUCACUCCAGCAUUUUUCAAGAGGGCCUACAACUAGCUCAAAUAGAAGACCAAAAUUGGGAGCUGUUCACACAGGAAGUAAUAAACAACUUAAAGAGCAGCAGCGACCAAGCUGACAAGAAAAACCGGGUACAAUCGGUACUCUAUGAAAUAGUUCUUCUUAGCUCGGAAAGCAACACCCAGCGGCCUCUGGAUUCCGAAAAGGUUCUUCAACUGAUCAAGGACAUGCAUGCCGUUGAGGGCGCUAAGACGGCAAGGCUUCUAAGUUCACUAAUAAACAGUUUCCCCGAAAAGUCUGAGAAGCUAGUGGAGAUCAUGGUGUCUCUAGAUUUUAUGGAGAGUGAACUGUGUACAUACAUCACAGACGACAAACUUUUGGAGAGGACUGCUAAAUUUACGGUGAAAGAGCGAGCGCUUUUCAGGAAGAGCCUCUUGGACACGAGGUAUAUUAUCCAGAAAUACAACUUGCUGAGCGAGCAUCCAAUAGGCUUCUCAGAGCUGAUUACCCUUUUGGUAAUCGCCUACAGCGACCCAACUAGCGCUGAGCGCGCUAGGUCUUACUGGCAGGAAGCCUGCUCCAUAGUCGGAAAAUACUCCCUAGAUCCAUUGCGCGCUCUGGAUGUUAUUCUUAUGGUUUCUUCGCGUUACAUCACCAAAGGUUACCCAUUCCUCCUAGAGUUUCUUAAAGAGUCCGAUUACUGGCCGGCAACGGAAGCAAAUCACACUUCAUUCGAUAAUUUACAUAUUGGGGGAAACAUGACAGCAUCUCAACUUCUGAGCAUGCAUCUAAAUGACACAAAGGUGGAUGUCACCUUUUAUGAUAUGACCUGCCUGUUGGUUAGAGCAAACUUCGUAUCUUUUUCGUCUAUUUUUGAGAACUUGGGGCCUAACGAAGACCAAAUACAAAAGUUCGCGGAUCAAUACUUCUCAGAUAUGGAAGAAGAUAGUAUGAAAGGCGUAUUAAAUCCUUUAGCUAUGGCAGCCGCUUUGGUUGACGACAGCGAAGAGAGCGAGAAUCCCGCUCCGGCCGAUUCUCAAAAGGAGAGUGAUCAAGAAGAGGAGCUUUCUGAUGAGGAAAAACAAGCUCGAAAAAUGAGAGAGCAAGAAGAAAUAUUGGGAAGUGGCAAGAUGUUCUUCAUGCAAAGGCUCUUGGCCCAUGGAAUUUUUACCCCAUUUUUCUCUGCAUUUGGCAGGUACCAACGGUUUCUCUUAACAAGCCCUGAACUACUGAAGCUCUACUUAAAGCUAUUCGAUCACAUUAUAACGCCCAUCUAUGAGACAACUGCUUUCUUCAAUUCAGCAAAACAAAGUACCGCAGGGAAACAGAAUUUCUCUGCAACGCAUACAGCUCUUCCUCCCUUCGAUAAGAAGAAUAGUUCAGAAUUUUAUUUUAGCGGCCGCAUGCAAGAGCUUCCUCAAGUCAAUAAUGUCGAGCAGCUUAUCAAAGUGUCUCAUGAAUGGUUAAGUAUCUUGGGACCUCAUGUUGCCUAUGAUCCUGUAAUCGUUUCCAAGUUGUGCAGGAUAGGAUUGAAAGACAUUGAAAGGAGUUCCAGGAAUCCUGACACUCUUUCCAUAUGGCUCGAUUUUACCAGGAAGUUUAUCUUUGUCUCGCUGCCGCUGCUCACGGAUAAUCUUGUUGUAAUCAACGAGGUUUUUGUCCUGCUCCAAAGUUUUGACUUUGAGAAAAGGUACUUCCUUUACAAUGAAAUGAUAUCGAAAACAUCGCAAGAUAACGUUUUUGUUAAGGCUAAGUGGAACGAAUCUUCGCGAGAGGCCAAAAGUGCUCUCAAGUCUUUGAGUAAUGACAAUAUCGGCGAAAAAGGGAGGUUUGUCGCUAAACUCAUUUCAAAAAACCCUCUCAGUACAUUAGAGCCCGUAAUGAACCAACUGGAAAACUACGAUAAAGUAUCGGAUCUAGUGGUCGAAACAUCAUUGUACUAUAGUCCCUACGCAUACGAUGUCUUGCAAUAUGCUAUUAUACUGAGAUUAGCUUCUGGAAGGCAAGCUUUACAAGAAAACGGCGUUUAUGUUACUAUGUGGGUCCAAAGGCUAGCAUUCUUCAUAGCAAGCCUUGCAAAGCAUUCUCCUAAAAUGGAUAUUGGGAACAUCAUUCAGCUUGUGGUGAAAAAACUUCACAAGGGCGACAUGGUAGGCGUCACAGUGAUCAAGGAAUUGACCUCGAGAGUGAGCGGGGUCAAAUCAAUUAAUGAUCUAAGUCCAAAACAACUUGUGAUGCUCAACUCUGGACAGCCUCUCCAAGAGUCGGCUAGAUCAAUUAUAAGGGACACGAGAGGCGAGAAUAAGGGCCCUGCAUUAAGACUACUGAGUGUCUUCAUAAAACAACAAUCUCUAUCUGAAGUUAUCAUUCUGCUUUACAGAAUGCAAAGCUCUAUGGUCGACACAGACCUUCAUUAUAAGGUCCUUUCCUCAAGGAUCGACGAAAUCAGCCUUUUACUGUGGUCGUUUAUUGACAUGAGCAAAUACUUUCUUGGCUUCGAAAAGUUUUCUAGGAACAUUGCAUCUUUCGACCAACUGGUUAACCAUUACGGCGUUUCUAUCGAGUGGGCGUUUCUCAUAUGGAGGGACCACUAUGAUACCUGCGCAAGCGAAGGAACGGAAGCUGAAAGAGAGUUCCGCGAGACAAUCGAAAAACCCAAUUUCGUACCUACUGAGUUUCAGAAUGGCUCACGCACUCUAUUUACAGAUUUUUGGAGGCUAUCGCUUUACGACUUAUGCUUUGAAAAGGAUCUUUAUGACGAAGAAAAACAUCAGCUUGAAAGGUCGAUGCAGCAGCUUAAGCUUGGCAAGAAAAAGCGCGAAAUUUCAAAAAUGUUAGAAAAUGUCAUGUCGAGUAGAAUCGCGCAUCAAAGGGCCCAUAACAAAUGCGUAGAACGGCUCAGAGGACAACCUAUGGACAUUGAACAAUUAAAAGCACCCGAGGUACUGAAACCAUUUCUACAGUACUGCUUAAUUCCCAGGGUACUUUUCUCUCCAUCUGACGCAUUGUAUGCCGUCAGCUUUCUUUGGGAGGCUUUCGCCUCUUCGGGCUCAUUAGAUGUAUUUGAAAACAUGGUCAGCGCUCGAAUACUCAAUGCGCUGCUUUUCUCUUCCACAAGCUUGGAAGCGAGCAACUUGGGGCUUUUCUUCGCUACAUUGCUGGAGAAGUUUGAAAUCUUGAGAAAAUCAAAUAAACUCUCUAAUGAUGACCUCAAAAGGAUAUAUGUCAUACAAACUAUCAUUGUGGAUGAUGUGAUUGAUUUGAUUUCAGAGAAAAACUACAUGUCCAUUCGAAACGGUAUUGAAUUUAUGAAGUACCUUUCAACUGUUUUUCCCGUUGUUAAAGUUCAUAUAUUGCAAGUGAUUCAAGCAAUUGAAAAGCUAAUUUCAAUUGAUGAAAGAGAAGACAUCCAGCUGCCAAGCAAUGCGCUAAUCGGGCAUUUAAAGGCACGCCUAAAAGACUCCUUGAAACUCGAAGAUUUCUACCAGAUGAGUGAAGAAGAUAAAAAAAUUUACCGUGUAGAUGAAAAAGAGGAAAUUGCACAAUAUGAGCGUGCAAUACUUGAGGAGCAGGAAGAAGCUAAAUUAAAGCAGAUCUCUGAGAGGGAAAUUGAAGAUAGUAAAAAAAGCAUGAAUGAACAGAGGUUGAAAGUUGACGAUGAUGAACACAGUCGAACAGCCUACGGUGCACGAAUCCGUAAAGAGCCCUUGUUGCCAAUGCACGAAGUUUUGAAUGAAAUGACAGAUGUUUUAAAAUGCUUGGAGACGACUGGUACAAGUUAUUUGAAUCGUCAUAUAAGGAAUAGGUCCGUUUUGACGGAACUGAGGCAGAUUGAACAAGGUACCGCCCGAAGACCUAGGGAAUACAAAGCCCGUUUAGCUGAGUUGUUCGAGGCAUAUUUCAUGAAUCUUACAAGCUCUCCUAAUAACGAGAAGUUCAAGCAAUGCUUAAAUGAUGUUAUCAAAGCUUGCAGGUCAAUUACGAACCCGCACACAAUAGAGAAGUCUCAGCCCGGCAGGCGACAGCCAGCAAUCGCGUAUGAUGACGAAGCUGUGCCAAGAGCGCAAGCUUCAAAGCGAGCAGGGGCCAAAGCCACCACCGAAGAAACAAAACGGACAUCGCGUUACGAAGGUUCCACAGAGACCAAACUUCAAAAGACCAUCUCGAGACCUCAUCAAAGCGAGAAAGAACCUCAAGAUGAUAAUUCUGGAUCCAACGCUCAACGAGGAGCUAGAAGUCAAAACUCGGGGCCCAGCAAUCGUACUGGGUCGAGAUACGAUCCGACUUCGUCUUCAAGACCACAAGAUAACGGCAUACAGAAGAAAGCGCAAUCGCCAAUACUGCGAGGGCACUCACAAAACGCUAACCCAGUCGAUAGAGGAGUACCUAGGAGCAACGCUCCUGUUGCAAGGGGUAAAGUUUCUUCCGCUAGAGGAACUCCAGGUUCUGCCACUAGCGAGAAGGAGCUAUCUUCGAGGAAUGCGCCCCCAUUAGAUGACAGAGCUCGACCUCUUAAAUUUCAAAGUUCUGAAAAACCAACACCUAAGCCUGCUGCUUCUUUUGGAAGCAGAUAUGAAGCCUCGCCUAAUCAGAUUCAAAUUGGUGAAAGACGGAAAAUUGGUGGCUCAAACCAAGAGGUCAUCAAACGUUCCAGAGAUGAAAGCCCUUCUAGUUACCCAUCAAAGAGAGCUAGACAGGAGUCUGACCAGGGUCGCGAUAAAUUCGAGGGCCGCUCAUUUGGAAGACGAGACACUAACUACAGAGAUCGUUAUUCAGGGAAGCAAAAUGAUGCUACUAGUGAAAGGCGCACAGACAAAUACUCAAGUACUCUGUCUUCGAGAUUAAGAGGGCAAGACUAUCGGCAAAACAAGGCUAACCAAACAAACCAAGGUGGCCAAACACCAAAAGCUCCUGAAAGCAGGUACAGGAAAUAG